AUGGCUCCUUCUGCUAUAAUCCCCGAUUUACCCUUACCACCCCAAUCAGCCGUUCAAAAAAGUAUCGGUGACUCAAGCCCAUUCUUUCAACAUUCAGCCCACCCCGCAUACCUUCAACAACUGGCUAGUAACAUACUGCACGACCUCCAAUUCCAGCAUGACUGGACCAGCCUUACCAUCCACACCCAUUCAACAGCAAACAACCUCCCUCUUCCUCGUCCUAUCAUCUCCGGCCUCCCGCCCCGACGAGUAUACGUCCACCCAGACGAACAAGUCCAGAUUAUAAAAGCGGAGCACGAAAUGGGCGAGUCUAUCGAGCAGCGUCCGGAGCGAGAGUGGGUGCUUCCCAGCCAGAUACAGGAGGAAUGGAGCGUGGCGAAAUUCGCUGAGGUUUUUGAUGCCCUGGAUGUUUUACCACCAGCCGAGGAUGGCGAGAAUGAGGAGGAGCCCGAUGAGUUAGCCGUGGGGCACGAAUGGCAGGGCACGAACCGGCCCAAGAGGUUGCUUUUGGCUACGGCUACUGCCUACGAAGCACACGGUUCAGGACGAGCAGGCAAUGUUCUGCGGCAGAUGAUGUCACGUCCUCUGCGAGAAACAGCUAUAGUUCGCGGCGCAUCGAUCGUCCAACCUAAUUAG